AGUGGAGCCAGAGCGCAGAGCAGAGGACAGAGACGACACACCAGACACAACACACAAGACACAAGAGAAUUCAGACACUUCUGUGUUUCAAAAUGUCCAACGUCUCCAUGAGCGACGACUGCUACUACCCCAAGGGGACCUGGACCUGCUUCGUCUUUCUGGUCAUGAUCGUGACUGUCGGUCUUCCCGGGAAUAUUUUGGCCUUGUGGAUCUUCUGUUUCCGCAUGAAAAUCUGGAAAUCUCACACCAUUUUUCUGUUCAACUUAAUGCUCGCCGACUUCUUGCUUUUGGCUUGCGUCCCUUUCCGGAUCGACACACAUUUGCGAGAUGAGCACUGGAUUUACGGAGAAAUAUUUUGCAGGAUAAACCUCUUCAUGCUAGCCGUGAACCGCUCAGCCAGCAUUGCGUUCAUGACUGUUGUGGCCCUAAAUCGCUAUUUCAAAGUUCUCCACCCUAUGAAUUGCGUUAGCUUGAUGUCUUCACGCCACGCUGUCUGGCUGUCCCCUUUGAUAUGGUUGGUGGUCAUAAUCUGCCGAGUUCCGUUACUAACGACCGAUCUUUUACAACACCAAGGCAACCGAUCAAUGUGUCGAAGUUUUGGCUUCCCCCGACCACCACUGGCGAUAACUGUCCACUACAUUGCUUAUGUCAUCGAAUUCAUCCUUCCAUGGUUUGUGCUACUGUUUUGUUCAGCAAGAAUCAUUUGGUAUUUAAAAAGGCAGGAACAAAUUAUCCAGCAAAAGAAGUUUAAGAAAGCCAUACAGUCAGUUGCAGUGAUAAAUCUGGUGUUUACAGUUUGUUUUUUGCCCGCCAUCAUCACGGGAUUGGGCAGUUUGGUUUUAAAAAGGUUCAGACCACAAGACUGUGAAGUCAUCCGAAAGAUGUCAUUGGCGUUCAUGGUCUCUAUCGGAGUGACGUAUCUGAACAGCGCUCUGGACCCCGUCAUCUACACCUUCUCCAGCUCAAUGUUCAGGACUGCUCUCAGAAAUGUUUUUAAAGACGUGAAGAAAUGAAUUCUGGGUAAUCUGAGACUUAUUUGUUUGAAUAUGUUGCACCGUCUUUCUUUUUCAUGUCACUUCGAAAUAGAGAUUUCACUUCAACGUCAUCUGUUUCUCCACUCUUUCAGUGAAGGUGAGCGUGAUCGGACACAGCGCAGAGGACAUAGCCUAUCCGUUCAAAGUCACACAGACAGUGUUGUAAAGGCAGGACUGAACUGAAGUCAAACUGCUACUAUGUCGGCGUGAGCUUAUUCCCUGUGUUUUUAAAGUUUCAUUCAUGUUAAUUCACCAUUCACCAUAAAGUCAUUUAUUUCCCGGACAUGGUGUGUAUGUUUCUGGAAAUUGGAGUGUCAGUGGGGUUGGGAUAUGAUGUCAUAUGGACUGUGAAUGUAUAUGGGACAGAUAAGGGGUGUGUCUCCAACCUUUAGCAUAUGCCAGUCUGUGAUGGACACGUGUUGGGUCGAAACUGCUGUGUGUAUUUCCGUUGAAGAUGCUAACUCAACAGUUAUGCUAGUAUAAAAGGCACCCAGUUUUUCCGUGAAAACAUUGGGGGACGUCGACUGACAGCGUUGUCGAGGAAUGACCGACGCAUAGAGACGCCGCGUAGGCGAAUCAUGCAAAAUCAAUUUGAGACCUGUACCUGCCUGAACCAAUAAAGAGACAUGUCUGAGAACUGUU